AAGGACAAUCGGUCUCGUUUCUGGGAGUUGUAUGGACGAGUCGCAGAGGAACACGACAGCGACUCCCUCGAGCGAUACUCCAAAGACAUGGAGAGUAUCUUGCUCUUCUCUGGUCUUUUCUCCACUGUCAGCUCGUCUUUCAUUGUCGCAAUGGAGUCCAACCUCAGUCCCGACCCCAGCAACACCACGAAUGCCCUUCUCACCCAACUCGUGUAUAUCGGACUCGGAAACCUCACUGCAGCGGGCUCUAUGCCCGAAGACCCAGCAUCUGCGUGGUCGCCGACUGCGUCAGUUGUGAGGAUCCAAAUGAUCGCAUACGCAAGCUUGUCCAUGAGCUUGCUGGCAGCAUUCGGGGCCGUACUAGGCAAGCAGUGG